CUUUGAUUUGGCCCAUCAGCACAACACAACACAUCUAUAAAAUGCCUUUGGGAAAUUCGUCACCGGAGAAUAAAACGGAAGCAACGUUAAAGAUUCCAUUCGACUCGGCGAAACACGCUGAAAUAGCCUUCAGAGUUCUAAAGGUGGACCAAGAACCGAAAAGGAAUUUCGUCAAAAAGGAACUUACUUUGAAUGGAAGUGUUCUCGAGGUGCAUUUGGAGGCUGAUCAAGUGAAAAGUCUACGCACUGCAAUAACGUCAUUUUUUGAGAAUUUCCUACUGUGCUCCGAAACUCUAAAAGCUUUUGAUGCCGGAGCACUCGCCAGCGCCAACUCCGCAUAG